CUGAAGAAUGAAAACAUUGAGGGUUUCCCCACUAUGCCACGCUUUGUUUACCCUUAGAAUAUGAGUUAAAGUUUAUGAAAUGAGAAACCAUGUCGAAAAUUAGCACAAUACUUCUCCUAUAUUGUCUACAAAUUACUGUGUUAACGCCUGUUUGCAAGGCCAAUUUUUUAUCCUUACAUGAUUCAUUGUUGUUUGUUUCUACACUUGAUGGUACAUUGCAUGCUGUCAGUAAAACAACAGGAAAAACACAGUGGACAUUACAAGAAGAACCAGUUAUAAAAGUGCCAGUUGAGGUCACAGCAGGGAAACUUAGUUUCUUACCUGACCCAAAAGAUGGAAGUUUGUAUGCAUUAGGAGAUGGCAUGAAUGGGAUAAAGAAAUUACCAUUUACAAUACCACAGCUUGUUUCAGCAUCACCUUGUAAAAGUAACGAAGGAAUAUUGUAUACAGGACACAAAAAGGAUGUAUGGAUAGCUGUAGACCCUGUCACAGGAGAAAAGAUUCGAACACUAUCUAUGGAUGGUACACAGAAAGUCUGUCCAUCUGAUGCUGAAAAUGUCAUGUAUAUUGGAAGAUCAGAGUAUACAAUUACUAUGUUUGAUAGUAAAACUGGACAUAAAAGGUGGAAUGCCACAUUUACAGAUUAUUCUACAAACGUGGCAAACAAGGAUAGUAAAGAUUAUGAUUACAAACACCUAUCAUCCAGUUCAAAUGGAAUGAGUGUUACCUUGGAUUCUAAAACUGGUGAAAUCAAGUGGUUAAAUAACUACAACUCUCCAGUAGUUGCUAUGUAUACAUUAACUCCAGAUGGUCUUCAGAAAAUACCUUUCUAUACAUUUGCUCCUGAGACAUUGGAACAUUUAACAGGGAAACUGACCUCUAGGUUAUGGAAGGAAAAAUUUUUAAAACAUGGAGAUCAGGAAGUAUUUUACCCUACAUUAUAUGUUGGUGAAUAUGAACAUGGAUUUUAUGCCUUAGGAUCUCUAGUGGAUGAGACAACUGUAGCAGUUGCACCAAAAAAUCAAGGACCAUUACUGCUUGAGGGACCAAAGUUACCUCCAAAGAAAGGGUCCAGUCGUGAGGAAACUUCUACAGCCUCAACCAAACGUAGAGAACACUCUUACAUGAUGUUAGGUCAUCAUGAGAUUCCAGAAGAAUCAAGCAACAAAAUGUCACCUGCACUAGCAAUAACUGACAAAUCAAAUAAUGUUAUCUUUCCAAAUAUUGAUCCUGUUCCAGAAUCUGUCAAACCUAAUAUUACAACAACAGCGGACCAUGGGAUAUAUCAGUAUGUUGAUGUCAAGGUUAUUAGUUCAGCUGCAGUCCUGGUUAUCACUGUUCUCAUGGCAUUUUAUCUUUUUACAAGGAGAACAGAACAGUCUAUAAAGAUAUUACUUCAGAAACAAUUAGAAGAACAAAAAUUAAUGAGUCAAGAGCAAAAAUCUGCUCAGACAUCAAUGCGUAAAAGUGGAAGUUCGUCUUCUGAUUUGUACGAUGCUGUACCAGAGGGUCAUGUGCAAGUUGGAAAGGUAAUUUAUAAUCCUAAGGCAGUACUUGGCCAUGGUUGUGAAGGAACAUUCGUUUAUAAGGGAAGAUUUGAGAACAGACCUUGUGCUGUGAAGAGGUUGUUACCAGAAUGUUUUACAUUUGCUGACAGAGAAGUAGAGCUGUUGAGAGAAUCUGACCAACAUCCACAUGUUAUUAGAUAUUUUUGUAUGGAAUCAGAUAGUCAGUUCAGAUACAUUGCCUUAGAGUUAUGUGUAGCUACACUACAGGAUUAUGUUGAAGGAAAAAGUCCUUAUUCCAGAACAUUUGAUUCCCUUCAACUGUUACAUGAAGCUGCAUCAGGAAUAGCUCAUUUACAUUCUCUGGGAAUUGUUCAUCGAGAUAUAAAACCACACAAUGUACUCAUUUCACAGCCUGAUACAGGAGGCAAUGUAAAAGCUCUUAUAUCAGAUUUUGGUUUAUGUAAAAAGUUAACCGCAGGAAGAAUCUCAUUUUCACGAAGGUCAGGGGCAGCAGGAACAGAAGGAUGGAUAGCACCAGAAAUGCUAGAUGAAGAUAAAAGAACAACAUGUGCAGUAGACAUGUUUUCUUUUGGAUGUGUGAUAUAUUAUGUUUUAACAAGAGGAAAGCAUCCAUUUGGUGAUUCACUGAGAAGGCAAUCAAAUAUUUUAGAAGGAGACUACAGUCUACAAAGUCUUCCCAUGACAGAUUUUUAUGUAAGAAAAGAUUUGAUUGAAAGUCUUUUAUGUUUUGAACCAUCAAAAAGAUUAUGUGCAAAAGCCAUUUUGAAACAUCCCUUGUUUUGGAGUAGAGAAAGACAGAUGGCAUUUUUUCAGGAUGUGAGUGAUAGAAUAGAGAAAGAAAAUGUUGAUAGUGAAGUUCUUAUUUGUUUAGAGAAAAAAGGUUUGGAAGUUGUUAAGUUUGACUGGAGAAAGCAUAUCAGUGAGGAAUUGCAGAAUGAUUUAAGAAAAUUUAGAACAUAUAAAGGAGAAAAUAUCAGAGAUUUGUUGAGAGCCAUGAGAAACAAGAAACAUCACUACAGAGAAUUACCUGAGGAUUUAAAGAGAUCACUUGGUGCUAUUCCUGACCAGUUUGUACAAUAUUUCACCUCACGUUUCCCAAAGUUGUUAAUACAUACCUAUAAUGCCUUACGUUGUUGUCAAUAUGAACGUGUCUUUCAAAGGUAUUACUUCAUUGAAUAUUGAAUAAAGAUUCAUUCAAAUUCUUUAAAACACAUUUUGUGAAAAGUCUUAUUACCCUAAUCUUGUUAAAAUAUAAAUUGUUAAAAUAUCAAAUUAAAAAUUAAAAAUCA